CUUGACGUGAUGCGCCUUCUGCAUUGACCUCUGCAGGCUGCAGCAUCGCUCCCUCGCCGUCUUCGAUAGAACCGCUAUGCUUGCUCGAAUAUCGGUCUUCGGCUUGCUGGCGCUCAAGGCAGCAUCUGCGGCGGCAGACCGUGGCCAGCUCGUCUUCCAGUCGACGGAUCCUGCGAACGUCCCCGAGAGGCCACUAUAUGGCAGAUUUCUACAUUUCACCGAUAUUCACCCUGACAAGUUUUAUACGCCGGGGACCAGCGUCAACGAUGCCUGCCAUGGCAAGAGCAAAGCAUUUCCGCAAGAAGGUCAAAUGAUGUGCCAGGACUAUGACGAUACAACGAUGACGAAGAAGAAAAAGAAAAAGAAGAAGGAACGCAAGAAUCGAGCGGGAUUCUGGGGAACCGGCAUUAGCGUGUGUGACUCGCCCACGAGACUAGUCAUAGCUACGCUCGACUGGCUUGCUCGGAACUGGAUGGUGCCUUCAGAAGAGGAUGCCAACGUGUACUCAGAAGGCGUCGACUUUAUCCUCUGGACCGGCGAUACAGCGAGGCACGACAUUGAUUUUACGCAUCCCAGAAGUGCCGAGGAAAUCUUUGGCUAUAAUCGCUGGGCGCUGGAGGAGGUUGAGAAACGUUUUCCUGGCGUUCCCAUUGUGCCUAGCGUCGGCAACAAUGAUAUCAUCCCGCACAACAUCAUGUUUCCCGGGCCAAAUCAAAUGACAAAGGCAUUUGAGGAGAUAUGGUCCAAGCACAUUCCCGAAAGCGAAAGGGACGCAUUUCGACAAGGGGGUUACUUUUCGACCGAGGUCAUUCCAGGCGAGCUUGCCGUCAUUAGCCUCAACACCCUCUACUGGUACGACAACAACGCUGCCGUUAGAGGAUGUAAAGGAAAGCAGGACCCUGGCUCCUUACAUCUGGAUUGGCUUGAAAGCAAGCUGAUCGAGCUCCGAAAUGCGAGCGUCCAGUCGCACCUCAUUGGCCAUGUUCCGCCUACGGCUGGCAACUUGUUCCCCCACUGCUACGAUCGCUACACCGACAUUGUGCUUCGCUAUCAGGAUAGCAUCGUUGGUCAGCAUUUCGGUCAUAUGAAUAUAGAUUCGUGGUUCCUCCAAGAAGAAGGGGCACUCGCCACCGAAGACGAAGCGUUCAACUCUUGCACCGCUAGAGCAACCGAACGUCCACCUUUCCACGCCGAAACGCUCGCGUCAGAUCUUCAAAAAGAAUUUGACAGCAUUCCGACUCGCCAGAAGGCCAAUCUGGACGCAUACAUGCCCUUCUUUGUUGCGCCAAGCGUCGUACCCACUUACUAUCCCGCUGUGCGUGUCUGGACAUACAAUGCGACCCGAGACCCAUCCCCACCGGCAAUCCCACUGUCCAAUGAGCAAGCGUCAAUCGAUUCCGAGGAAGAGCUUGGAGGAGACGAUGAGGAAGAUGCAGCCUGUACCUCUCUUCCACAAAAAGUGAAGAUUCAAAGGAGCCACCGUCGGCCAAAGCACGGCAAGAAAAAGCACAAGAAAAACGCUCACCUUCCUCGGCACGUUGCUGAGGAUUCUCCAGCGCGGAAAAAUGGCUAUCGGACGAUGCUGGGCUACAGCCAGUGGAUUUUGGACAUUGAUCGGGCCAAUAGAGAGGAUCAAGGGCCAAGCGAGGAAAAGGGCGUGGAAUAUCAGCUAGAGUAUACGACCUACAACGCAAAGACGCUCUGGAGCGAAUUUCGUGAGGAAGGGACAGGACCUAAUGCGCAUGUUCCCGUGCCCAAGGCUCUUCUGCAGAAGCAGCUGGAUAGGCUCGGACUCGACUCGCCGGACGUCUCGGCCUCUCGCACAUCGUGGCAGUCGUGGUGGCGAGGGAGGAAGGCGAGGAAGCACAUCAAGCGAUGGACAGAGUACGGCCUGCCGAGCAUCACGGUGGACCACGUGCUCGAGUGGGGAAGGGAGCUGGCGGCGUCAGCUGGCAGCGGCAAACGCAAGAAGCGUGGUGUUUGGAAGCGAUUCGUCGACCGAAUCUACACAGAGAGCGGAGCGACAGACUGAUGCUAGAUUCUGGUGCAUGCAAAGCGACAAAAUGAUUGACUU